UCAUUUCGGCCGCAGUUCGCUCGGAAGUUGGACGUUUUCCGCUGCAUUUGGGGCCGUGUAUCGCGUAGCGCCUCGGAAAUCGCCCCAAAAAUCGCUGCUUCUCGAGAAACUCUGUUUACUGUUUGCGGGGAAAGUGCAAAGUGAAUUGUCCUUGUGUGUCCCGGAAAGAUUCUGAGCGGAUAGAUCUGCGAAAUAUUGUCAAGAGUCUGGCCAGAACAACGCAACGCAAUCGGGUGCAAAGACAACAAGACAACAACAAAAAAAGAAAUGUGCUAAAAAUCACAGAAUGAAGGGUUGUGAAGAGCCGGGAUAGCAGUACCUAAGCUGGUCAUGAUUGGGGGCCGGAGAUGCAGCGAGGCCGCUCGAAGGCUGCGCCAGCGUCCGGACCACCUGGAGCUGGCCGUGAUGGAGCGACAGGAGGACGAAGAGGUGGACUAUCGGAUAGCCACGGAUGAAGCUGUAACCGCAGAUAGAGCUGCUGUAUCAGAAUCAGCAUCCGGUCGGAGAACCCGUUGGUUCCACUUUGCCAGGAGCUCUAAAAAUCGAAGAAAACGACUGCACUGCGAGGAUGACGGGGAGGAAGGCGAUAAGAAUUCCGCAGAGGAGACUGGUCGAAGGGCGCGCCUGGCCCAGCCGGAGGGUAUGAAUAUUGGCAGCUCCACGCAGACCAUUGCCACGCCGCUGAUGACGGGGGACAGCUUCUAUAGCCUGGCCACUGGCGCAGCCAAUCCCUCAGUUGCCAAGUCUGAGGACCUGGAACAGUAUAAGCAGAGGGAUCCGUCCGUGGUUUCGGAAACCAAGUCGGCGCGCAGUAUGAGGCGUCUUUCCCAGAUGAGGAGGCGGCGCAGUUCGUACUACUUUUCGGACAACGAACGAAGGAUCCGCGCCAACGACAAGGAAUUCAAUUCGCAAUUUAAAUAUCACAACAACUACAUAAAAACCUCAAAGUAUUCCAUAUUUACCUUUCUGCCCUUCAAUCUGCUGGAGCAGUUCCAGCGAUUGGCCAACUUCUAUUUCCUAUGCCUCUUGGUCCUGCAGCUCAUACCCGCUAUCUCCUCCCUUACGCCAGUGACCACAGCCAUUCCCCUGAUAGGAGUACUCACACUGACAGCCGUGAAGGACGCCUACGAUGACAUACAACGCCAUCUGUCCGACUCCCAGGUUAACAAUCGCAAGUCGAAAACGCUGCGCAAUGGCAAGCUGGUGGAGGCCAAGUGGUCGGAGGUGCAGGUGGGCGAUGUCAUCCGGCUGGACAACAACCAAUUUGUGGCCGCCGACAUCCUUUUACUGUCCACCUCGGAGCCAAAUGGUCUGUGCUUUAUCGAGACCGCUGAGCUGGACGGUGAGACGAAUCUCAAGGCUAAGCAGUGCCUCACGGAGACCAUCGAACUGGGCGACCGCAACGAUUCUCUUUGGAAUUUCAACGGGGAGAUUAUAUGCGAGCGACCAAACAAUUUGCUGAACAAGUUUGAUGGCACUCUGAUGUGGCGGGGACAGAGAUUCGCUCUGGACAAUGAGAAGAUCCUGCUGCGAGGAUGUGUGCUUCGGAACACACAGUGGUGCUAUGGGGUGGUGGUCUUCGCCGGAGUGGACACCAAGCUGAUGCAGAACUCCGGAAAAACACAAUUCAAGAGUACUGGCGUGGAUCGCCUGCUCAACUUUAUUAUUAUUGGGAUUGUUCUCUUUCUGGUGUCCAUUUGCGCAUUCUUUGCAAUUGGUUGCUCCGUUUGGGAGGGCUUCAUUGGCCAGCACUUUCAAGCGUACCUGCCCUGGGAGCGCAUCAUUCCCAAGGAUUACAUACCCACGGGAGCCACCGUCAUUGGUUUGCUGGUGUUCUUCUCGUAUGCCAUAGUCUUAAACACAGUUGUGCCAAUCUCACUCUACGUUUCAGUAGAGGUCAUCCGCUUUGUACAAUCGUUCCUCAUUAACUGGGAUGAGGAGAUGUACUAUGCGACCACCAAUACCUAUGCCAAAGCCCGCACCACCACGCUGAACGAGGAGCUGGGCCAGAUUCAGUACAUCUUCUCGGACAAGACGGGCACCCUGACGCAGAACAUUAUGACGUUUAACAAGUGCAGCAUUAAUGGUCGGACCUAUGGAGAUGUCAUCGACCUGCGAACUGGCGAGCUCAUCGAAAUAACCGAGCAGCAAACAAUUUUCCAAAAUAGCAACACCGGCCCCCCAGUAGGUGGAGCAGCAGCCACAGCUGCGUCAGCACAGUCCCCACCCAUCAUCCUGGUGCACAAGGCCGAGGUGCACGCCAAGAAGAGUUCCGUAGUGGUCACGGUCUCGGGUGAAACACAGCCUGUCCCCGCCAGAUCGGAGCUUUCACGGAAACAAGUGCGUUACUCCGCGCCCAGUCGCAGCCAAGAGGAUAACCCCGAUGGUUUGGCGCCCAAAGCAAGCGGUGGCCUUUCCCCAGCCAGCUGUCAUGAGGACCAGAGACGGAGCAGCCUGGGAGCAGGAUUGGGGGGCUGCUUCAAGCGCAGCGGUCCCGUUCGCCAAUUGUCCCGCACAAGCAGUUGCGACAAAGUAAAGAUCUUGCAUGCCUCCGAAACAGAAACCACAGAAAUUGUCACAGAAACACAAGAUACAACCCACCCACAAAAGCACCCAGCACAAGCACAGCACCAUCGCAAAAAGCUGCUCAAGCUCCGGUUCAAGAAAGCCCCCUCGGCAGCCGAUGAAGGCGACUGCAGUACCACCAACCACAACCAGCACCACAGUCACCAAAUCCUCCACCACCACCAGAAUGCAUUCGCCACCAAUUGGAGUUCGUCGCCUCAGAGAGUGCACGCCGUACAAAGCGUCGACUUCUCGGCGAAUCCCCACCAUGAAAGCGAUUUCCGGUGGUAUGAUCGCACGCUGCUGGAUGCCGUUCGCUCAGACGAAGAGCACUCGCAUGUGUUUUUCCGCCUGCUGGCCCUUUGCCAUACAGUCAUGGCCGAGACUGUGGACGGAAAACUGGAGUACCAGGCCCAAAGUCCCGAUGAGGCAGCCCUCGUUUCUGCGGCCCGCAACUUUGGCUUUGUUUUUCGCACACGGACACCGAAUAGUAUUACCAUCGAGGUGAUGGGUCGCACGGAGGAAUAUGAGCUCCUAAACAUCCUAGAUUUUAACAAUGUCCGCAAGCGUAUGUCUGUGAUCCUCCGCCGCGGCGAUUCCGUCGUCCUUUAUUGCAAAGGAGCGGACAAUGUGAUAUACGAUCGCCUGCAUGGAGGCCAGGAAGACCUAAAGGCGCGAACUCAAGAUCACCUCAAUAAAUUCGCUGGUGAGGGUCUUCGAACUUUGGUUCUGGCCGAGAGGCGCCUGACCGAACAGUACUACAAUGAUUGGCGAAUGCGUCAACAGGAAGCUGCCCUCUCCCUGGACUCCCGGGAACAGAAACUAAAUGCCAUUUACGAGGAGAUCGAAAGCGAAAUGCAGUUGGUGGGCGUGACGGCCAUCGAAGAUAAGUUACAAGAUGGUGUUCCGAAAUCCAUAGCCAACUUGCAGAAUGCUGGCAUCAAGAUCUGGGUCUUAACUGGGGAUAAGCAAGAAACGGCCAUCAACAUCGGUUACUCCUGCCAACUUCUAACGGAUGAGCUGGCUGAUGUCUUCAUAGUGGAUGGAAAUUCUGUCGAAGAGGUGGAAAAACAACUCAGGCAAUUUAAAGAAUCAAUCAAAAUAUACAACCGAUUUCGACCAGGAGGAUCUGAGGGACUAGAAAGAUUAAAUAGUGAGAGCACUAUUGAUCCGAUGAGUGCGGCCAUCACUCAGACCUCAGCUUUCAUGCAAGAAACAAAUCUCCCGCCCACGCCGCCACCACCGCCUGCCAUAUCCGUGGUUACGUUUAGGUGGGAUGACAAAAUUAAGGAUAAUAAGGGCGGACCGGACAGUGCUGAGUGCAAUGACCUGUUUGGCGACGAAAAGAAGAGCGUAGGUGGAGGCACUGCCUCCAUAAUGAUUGAUGAAAACACAGGCUUCGCCCUGGUAGUAAAUGGUCAUUCCCUGGUGCAUUGUCUCUCGCCGGAGCUGGAAAACAAGUUCUUGGACAUAGCAUCGCAAUGCAAGGCUGUGAUUUGCUGCCGGGUCACGCCUCUACAAAAGGCGCUGGUCGUCGAGCUAAUCAAACGUGCCAAAAAUGCUGUUACCUUGGCCAUUGGCGAUGGAGCCAAUGAUGUGUCUAUGAUCAAGGCUGCCCACAUUGGCGUAGGCAUUUCCGGCCAAGAGGGCCUUCAAGCUGUCCUGUCCAGCGACUAUGCCAUCGCCCAGUUCCGGUAUUUGGAACGUCUUCUACUGGUCCACGGCCGGUGGUCGUACUACCGAAUGUGCAAGUUCCUGAGAUACUUUUUCUACAAGAACUUUGCUUUUACCUUGUGCCACUGCUGGUAUUCGCUCUUUUGCGGCUUCAGCGCUCAGACGGUGUUUGACCCUAUGUUUAUUUCGGUGUAUAAUCUGUUCUACACAUCCCUGCCUGUGCUGGCGCUGGGCGUCUUCGAGCAGGAUGUUUCGGACAAGAACAGUCUGGAGUUUCCGCGGCUCUAUACCCCGGGUCUGAAAAGCGAGCUCUUUAAUAUACGAGAGUUUAUCUACAGUGUACUGCAUGGAGCCUUUACAUCGCUGAUCCUGUUCCUUAUUCCUUAUGGGGUCUACAAGGACGGUGUCUCACAGCACGGCUUCAUCGUGAGCGAUCACAUGACUUUGGGAGCUGUGGUGGCAACAAUUCUGAUAGUGGAUAACACGGCACAGAUAUCUUUGUAUACUUCUUAUUGGACCGUGGUGAAUCAUGUAACCAUUUGGGGAAGUUUGGUUUGGUAUUUUGUACUGGAUUACUUCUACAACUAUGUGAUUGGAGGCCCCUAUGUGGGCUCUUUGACCCAGGCCAUGAAGGACAUGACAUUUUGGUUUACCAUGCUGAUCACUGUGAUGAUGUUGGUCUCUCCAGUUUUAGCCUACAAGUUCUACUUGCUAGAUGUGCACCCCAGCCUAUCAGAUAAGAUCCGACAAAAAUCCCUGAAGAAGAUUCAUUCGAGGGCAUCUAGCAAUGUCAGACGCACGGCAUCUUCACGUCGUGGUCGUCGAUCUGUGCGUUCAGGCUACGCCUUUGCUCAUCAGGAGGGAUUUGGUCGCCUGAUCACCUCUGGCAAGAUAAUGCACAAGCUGCCCCAGGACUUUGCCUUCCCUCUAGGAUUGGGGACCAAGAAAACGCAGGCGCUUCACAAUAAUCUGACCUCUGCAGACGGUACCACUGAAAAGACCAACCAUUCGGGCCAGGACAUGGCCAACAAUAACAAUACGAAUCUGAGACACAACCAGAACCAAAAUCACUCUUCGAUGGCUGAUAUAACCGGGGACGGGCGUAGCAGUGGAGGUGAAGGUGGGCGUGGUAGCGGCGGCUCAGAAGACAUGAGUCCUCGGGCGCCUUGCCAGGACCUCGAUACGAUUAAUCUUUAAGCUUUAGACGCAGGUGCUGGAUUGGAAGAGGGUUCCGCAACAAACACCAAAAACUGUAAAGAAUUUAAGUCAACGAAGUUAGGGUUAAGUUAGGACUUUUCGUCAGAAAAGAGUUCUAGUAUUUAGAAAAGAGUGAGCUGAGUGAAUGUGAAUCCCAGAAAACACAAAAUAAGAGAAAGUAUUAGUCCAAAUUUAAUUUCCAUCUAAUAUUUAGAGCUUAGUUUUACUCUGUCUUUUAAAAUUAAAAGUAUUUUCAAAUCGCAUACCAUCGUACUUCCCAUCUUUCAAAAGCACCCAAACAUUUAUUUUACAAAUUAUUUAUUUCAUUGUUGGCUGCAUUUAAAAACGUGAUCCUCUCCUGAGUGAAUGAUGGAUUUUAGGCUACUUUUAAGGUUAGCGUAUGAUAGAUUUAGGCAAAAACUUGAAAAACUGAAAGUGUACUUAAUUGCUUAAUGUCGUGCUGUGUGCUUAGCCAAUAAUAGCCUAUCUAUCUUUAGCAUAACGAAAUCUCGUCUCAAAGUCCAUAGCAAUAUUCUUUGUACUCCCCCAAAACAGACAUACACACACCAAUACACACUUCUGUGUUCCUAACUAGCGUUUUAGAAUGAAAGCCUGCGUAUGCCUUAGAGAGUCCUUAAAUUUAAGUCAAUUUAGUCGCUGGUUCUCGACCGCUUUAGCCAGUUUUGAGUUUUUCGAGAUUGGGAUUAUUUGUAGUAGAAUUAGUGGGCUGUGGGUUUGAACAGUAACAAAGGUCUAAAGUGAUUUAUCAAAUAGCUUAAAAAUAGCUUUUUAUAUUUAAUCUAGGAACAUGUUUUUGUGAAUAAAAACAUAGAAUACACAAAAUUUUGUGUACAUUUUUGCAUGACAAGUAACCUUACUGAAUGUAAAUUGUUGGCAUAAACUUUUACAUUAGUCUGCAAAUUGUUGGCAUACAAGACGAAAAAUGGGAAAACACAAUUGAACCAAAUAAGAAGUAAAUAGUUUAUUUUUAUCUACAUUUAGUCAAAGAAACAAAAGUUUGCAACAAGUACACUUUUGAAUGAAUAAAUAAAGGCGAAAUAUUUUCAUUAAAAAUUUUUAAUUGUUUUUGUAAAUUGUAAAAAUUCUUUAAUUGUAUUUUUAUUUCAUUCGAAAUAAGUUUGCUUUGUUCAAUAAGCCUUUGUCGAUUUAAUUAGUAAAAAAAAAAGAUUUUAUUCAUAAAUCGAUUUCAUCUCAUCGCCCCAAUAAACAAGAUUGGGAUUGUGCUCAAUUUGCGUAACAAAUUACAUUUAAUUUAUUAAAAGAAAAGUUGAAAGCACGCCCCAACCCGAAACCGUGACUUUGUUACGCCUCAUUAGCUGGGCAUUAAGAUUAUGCAUUUUUAUGAACUUUUUGGUCAGAUUUAACAGGCGACUUGGCCGGAACUUUGUAAUUAAAUCUGUUAAAAUCAAAUUGCUUGCCCUUUGUCGGCCCAAACACUUUUUUGUUUCGCUUUAUCUUUAAAAGUAAGUUCAGCAUCCAAGACGUUGGAAUUAAGUCAACUUAAUGUCGCCUAAAUAUCCACUUCGGUGAGUGGGAUGCGAAUAAAAGAGAUGGAGCACGACGGAAAAAAUUUGAUGCCAUUUAUUUUAAUUUGCGAGUCAAAAUGUCGAGACUACGAGGGAACCAAGAACGUGGCAGAACCACACGGAAACAGAGAGAAGUGGCUAAAAGUUCACUCAAUGACGCAACUGCCUUCAAGUUUAAGGGUCAGGCAAUUUAAUUGACUGACUUACAGUCAAUCGGAAAUGCGUAGAAAAUCAUCCUAAAAUAGCCAAUUUUAUUUAGGUAAAAAGAAGUUGGCUUAACUUAAUCAAGGAAAAUCGGUUCUCAAAGCUGUUCAAAAUCUUAACAUGCAGAUAAAUAACUGGGAAUGCCAAAAAAGGAUCACGGCAAAUGGCUCCCUGGGGGCAAGUAGACUGCACAAGAUAUGGCCAUAAAACUAAAUUGAUGUGUAUUCAAGUAGCCAAAGCAAAAGGUCGAAAAAAUAAAGAAAUCCAAUAAUCAUACAAGUAA